AGGCCACGGAGAUGAUCCAGGGGCUGCUGCCUGUCUGCUCUGGAGACAGGCUGGGAGAGCUGUGGAUGUUGAGCCUGGAGAGGAUUCCAUGGAGAUCCUAGAGCCCCUUCCAGGGCCUAAAGAGGUUCCAAGAGAACUGGAGAGGGACCUUGGACAAAGGCCUGGAGCGACAGAACAAGGCUUCCAACUGCCAGAGGGCAGAGUUACAUGGGAUAUUGGAAAGAAAUUGUUCCCUGUGAGGGAGAUGAAGCUCCCGCUUCUUGCUGUGUUUGCCCUGGUGUCUGUGGCUCACUGCGAGGAUGGCGCCAGGCUCCUGGCCUCCAAAUCCCUGUUAAACAGAUACGCGGUGGAGGGCAAGGACUUGACUUUGCAGUACAACAUCUACAACGUUGGCUCCAGCGCUGCCCUAGAUGUGGAGCUGUCGGAUGAUUCCUUCCCCCCAGAAGACUUUGGCAUCGUCUCUGGCAUGCUCAGCGUCAAGUGGGACAGGAUUGCUCCAGCGAGCAACGUGUCCCACACUGUGGUUCUACGGCCUCUCAAAGCUGGGUACUUCAACUUCACCUCUGCCACCAUCACGUACCUGGCACAGGAGGGUGCACAGGUCGUGGUUGGCUUCACUAGUGCUCCCGGGCAGGGAGGAAUUCUGGCUCAGCGUGACUUUGACAGGAGGUUCUCCCCUCACUUUCUGGACUGGGCAGCUUUUGGUGUGAUGACCCUGCCCUCCAUCGGGAUCCCCCUGCUGCUGUGGUACUCGAGCAAGAGGAAGUAUGACACCCCCAAGACCAAAAAGAACUGAGCAGAGUCAAAUGCCACCAGCAGCCCAGAGCUCGGGAAAGGAGAACCCUGAAGCCCCAAGAACAGGGCUGGGUCGGGAUGGCACCGUCCCCUGCGAGGUGCUGCCUGGGCCGUGCUUCAGCUCUCGGGGCAAAGGAUUUGGGGGCUGCAGCAGCAGACGAGGUGUCCUCUGUGUUCUAAAGGAGGAACAAGCAAACAGAGAAAAGAACAGCCAUAAGUCCCAAACUGCCUUGUCCGGCCCCUUUGGAAGGGGAACCCCUCUCUUUGCAGCCACAGCAAUACAAGCAGCCUGUUAGUGCCCAGAGGGGCCCUAGUCUGUGGGGUUGUGUCUCCUGUUCUGCCUCCAGCUCCCAUUUGUCUGUUGCAAUUUUCUGCAGGGUGUCAUAUCUCACGCCCCCUCCAGGUGCUGCCUGCCCUGUGGGACCGAGCUGUUCUUGUUAUGGAUGGGUAAUGCAAUGGUUGGCUCUUGCAAUUAAGGGAUGAAUAUUAUGUAUAUGUUAACAGAA